GCGCAGAACGAUAAUGCCAGCAGACAGGAGGAAUAUCCACCGUGCGAGUGGCAAUGCGAGUUGACUAAUGAAGCCGGUUACGUGGUUUAUUCGGCGCUCGGAUCGUUCUACAUCCCGAUGUUCGUGAUGCUUUUCUUUUAUUGGAAGAUCUACAGGGCGGCCGUUCUCACCACCAGAGCUAUAAACCAAGGAUUCAGAACUACUAAAGGUUCCAGAGGGUUGGGUAAUCGCUUCGAAGAGCAGAGACUCACGUUGCGGAUCCACAGGGGUCGCGGAUCUUCGACGAAGCAGUACGGAUCUCCGCAUAGUAAUGGAAGUAACAGCACGACGACUACGACUGGAAGCGCAUCGCCGAGUCCCAGGGGACGACACGAAAAGGUCAAGAUCAGCGUGAGUUAUCCAUCCAGCGAGAACCUAGGUCCUCACCACAAAUCUGCAAGUCUUCUAUCGGUGACCCCUACAUCGCCGACCGGCGCAAACUACGCGGUGCACUACAGUGUUAACGGUAAAGACGCAACCACCACCAGUUUAUGCAGAAGGGAAACGCAUUUGAGGGUGGCGCCUCGCCUGAGUUCGCAUCGUCGUUGCUCGCGUCGAUCUUCAAGCUGCGAAAGCACAGAGAGGUUACCGACAAGAUCACCUAGUCCCAGUCUCUGCGAGGAUGGUAUUAAUAAACCUAAGGUCAUCUCCAAGAAGAUGGGAAAGCGGAACAUAAAAGCGCAGGUCAAGCGCUUCAGAAUGGAGACUAAAGCAGCGAAAACUUUGGGCAUCAUCGUCGGAGGUUUCAUCUGCUGCUGGUUACCCUUCUUCACCAUCUAUUUGAUGCGUCCAUUUUGCGAAGACUGUAUCCAUCCUUUGGUCUUCUCUAUAUUGUUUUGGCUAGGAUAUUGUAAUUCGGCGAUAAAUCCGUUGAUUUACGCGCUCUUUUCGAAAGAUUUCCGGUUCGCGUUCAAGAGGAUCAUCUGCAGAUGCUUCUGCAAGGGUACCGGGUUUUCGACGUCGCGACGCGGGUCUGAUGGGUCUCAACUGCAAGGUAGACAAUGCAGAUCGGCAAGUUGCAAUAUGCAGCCUAAUACUGGGAAUUCUUUGGGCGAAGACAGCGAUCCUGGGGGAGAUCCCAGUGACUCGAGGUGACGGCAUAGGAAACGCAAGAGGGCGCAAGUGCAUCUCGAUAAAGAGUCCGUGCUUAAGGUGGCCAUGUGUCUGUACGGGUGACACCAGACUGAUCGGGCCUUGGAGCUGAACAGGGUCAACACCUAAUCCAAAAACAAACAACAACAACAACAAAAUCCAUUUCGUUCGCAAUUUUCUUUUGAUUGACGCAUAAGAUUUAACACCUCCUUUUUAAUUUACAUUUUUCUUUUUUGUAAAUUUUCGAGCGAACACUUUCUAACAUUUUUCGGAGAGGGAAAGAUUAACGACUUAUUCAAACAUAACUAUUUUUAAGUAUUAGCUAAAUUAUAUAAAUAUAUACAUAUACAUAAUAUUUAGUUAUUAAGAAACUACAAGUAUUCGAGAAAAAAAAAGGAGGUAAUCCAUACAUGUGAAGCUUCAAAAUAAACCGACAACUUUCAAACGGCAAACGCAGACUCAACAACAAUUUGGUGCUAUUGGACAUCUUAAAUUUAAGAACGUAAACUAGAAAGUAAACA